UGGAAGCUGCACGGAGGAUUCCUGUGGUCCAGAAUGUGAAUUUAAUACUACUGUGUGCAUGGAUGACUUUAUUUGUUCUCCCCAGAGGUGCUGCUGCGUGACGGAGCCUCAUGCCAUGGGCCUCAGAGAUGACAGGCAUCGGCUGCUGCACCUGAUGUCAUGACGCGCCUGUGGAUAUUCCCUUGACGACCGCGGAUCGGAUACCAAUAUUCAGGAACCAUCAUGCCAAUAACACUUCUGUGGGCUGUGGACGUGUACGGCAGAGUGUACAGCCUUUCUACAGCCGGCCAGCGCUGGGAACGUGCUGAUGACUCGCUGCUAGAGCUCAAACGUGUCUCUGCAGGGAAGGGGCGCUGCUGGGGCAUCGGCUGUGACCACCAUGUUUACCUCAAUAUGAUGCCCAGUGAGACCCCGAUCCACUACCGGGAGGAGACCUAUGAAAACCAGAGGUGGAACCCAGUGGAUGGCUUUACUGACACACUGCUGCCCACCGACCGUUGGCCAUGGAGCGAUGUGACCGGAAUGAAUCCCCAGCCACUCCACAGCUUCCAGCUGCCCUCCCGCAGCUGGGAGUGGGAGGGAGACUGGUAUGUGGAUCACACCUGUGGAGGAGAACCCAGCCAGACUGGGGGCUGGGAGUAUGCUGUUGACUUCCCAGCCAACUUCUCCCCUGACAAAAAGUGGAAUUCUUGUGUCCGUCGUAGACGGUGGAUCCGCUACAGAAGAUACAUAGCACAGGGCACUUGGGCAAAGAUCCCCUUGGACAAUCCCAGGAAACCUCCACUGCCGCUCUGUGACAUCAGCUGUGGUGGCUGGGAGAUGAGCGACCAGUCCGGAAGGUAUCCCUACCUCUGGAGUGUGUCUCAACAGGGACAGGUGUGGUUCAGAGAGGGUAUCCACCCUCGUGUGCCAGAAGGGACCAGCUGGGAAGAAGUUGAAGUGCCCAAGGAGGUGGCUCAGAUAUCAGCUGGUCCUGGAGACCUGCUGUGGGCUUUGCUCUGGGAUGGGAACCUGCUGGUGCGAACUGGCCUGAGCCUGGACAGUCCCACUGGCACGUCGUGGCUCGAGGUGGAAUCACCGGGAAAGGAAAUUGAAGCGCUUCACGUGGCUGUAGGAGUCAGUGUGGUCUGGGUGGUCACUAAGGACUACAAGGUGUGGUUCAGGCGUGGCGUGAACUCCCACAACCCCUGUGGCUCUGGCUGGAUCAGCAUCGGAGGGGAGAUGAUGAUGGUGGACGUAGGACUGAAUGACCAGGUGUGGGCGGUCGGUGAGGACCGCGGCCUGUAUUUUAGAAUAGGUGUCACCCCAUCUGAGCCAAGUGGAAAUGGCUGGAUCCCUGUUUCUGCCCAAUGGGGCAAUAGUAAAGAGGUUAUUCCGCCCAGGGAUGACUGUGAGUUCAACGGGCAGUUGACUGAGGCAUCACAGGGCUCCGUUCUGAGCUGCACUGAUUCAGACUCAGAGUUGGGUCCUGCCGACCCUCAAAACAGCACUUCUAACACCCCCCUCUUAGAAGCAGAAGCACCCUCUGUAGUCCCCUUAGGGGGCUCUGACUCACCUACGCCUCCACAGGAAAAAGAAGAUGCUCCUUUAGCCCCCCAAACGAAUGCCCCCAAGCCUUUUAUUCCUGCCAGUGACAGCUUCAUCAACAGCCUGGUGUCCGAUCGUGACAGAACCUCCGCGCUGCAACCGUCCAUCACAGAGAUGCCGCAGGAAGAGCGUGAGGAGCCACCUCCGGCCCCAGUACUCCAAACCCCUGAUGCCGGAGGGCACGAUGUCCCCUGGAUGAACGUGGACCUGGAGGGGGCAGAGGCGGCUCGAGGUGCACAAACGGCAGGGCCCUCAGCGGGCGAUGGCAGUGCGGCUGCCACUUAUGCCCUGGGGACUCUGGAGAGCUCUCGGGGAGUGGGGGAAGAGGAAGGACCAGUGUGGGCUUGGAUUUCCGGUGGAGGUUGCGACAUGGAUGCGAGUUCACAGAUUAGCUGGCUUAGUCCUGCAGGUCCUCUCACCACCUCUCUGUCACUGACUCCAGUCCAGUCAGCCGCCUGGAGCAAACAGCCACAGCAGCAGGAACACAGAGAGGAGAUCAGCAAGAAACCGCUGGAAAGAAGCAACUCGGUGUGGGUGCGUAAGGGCACACUGCGCUGGUGGAGAGACUGGAAACCUCAGCGCUGGAUCGAUGUGGGCGUUGCUCUCGAGCAGUCCACCAAGUCAGAUGGCAAAAAGGACAGCAUUUUCUUUGUUUACUACACACAGUAUGAUGAGAAAAAGUACCUUCAUGUGUUUAUAAAUGAAGUGACGGCGCUGGUUCCGGUGCUCAGGGACUGCCACUAUGCCUUUGCUGUGUACACUGCCGAAAGGACCAAACAGAGGUGGCCUCUGGUCCUGGCAGCACAAAGCGAAAAGGAUAUGAGUGAUUGGUUGUGCUUGUUGUCUGACUGUUGCUGUGAGUGUCGAGGGAUCACAGGUCUCCCGUCCAAACAGGCCCUGUGGUCCACCACAUCAAAGGGAGACAUCAUGGUCCACGAGCCGUCCCUCUCGCUGGAGGCCCCUGCGCAUGCCAUGGCCUGUGACCUCAUGUUUUGGUGCCAGAUCCACGGCCACCUGCGCUGUGUAGAGUCUAACAGUCUGGGGCUGGUGUGGGGCAUCGGGUGGGACGGCACCGCCUGGGUCUACAGUGGGCGCUGUGAGCAACAGCCCAACCCGGAAGGUGCCGUUCAGAUGCACCAGCAGACCGACGUCAGGAGCGUGCAUGUGUAUGAGAAUCAAAGAUGGAACCCUAUGACUGGAUAUACAGACAAAGGGCUUCCUACAGACCGCCCUAUGUGGAGCGAUGAAAGCGGCCUGAAGGAGUGCAUCAAAGGCAGCACAUACCCGCCCUCCCCUCAGUGGUCCUGGGUGUCAGAGUGGGCCGUGGACUACAGCGUCCCCGGAGGAACGGACAAAGAAGGCUGGCAGUAUGCUGCAGACUUUCCCACGACAUUUCAUGGCCACAAAACCAUGAAAGACUUUGUUAGACGCAGACGAUGGACUAGGAAGUGUAAGAUCACAUUGCAAGCUCCAUGGAAUCAGGUCCCACCCAUCCGCCUGAGUGACAUCUCACUGAUGCCAUGCCUGGCCCAGAGCAAAAUGGAGCAGGUCCCUGUCUGGGCCCUCAGCGACAAGGGAGAUGUCUUGUGUCGGUUGGGAGUCAGCCUCCAAAACCCUGCGGGCAGCUCGUGGCUCCACGUGGGCACUGACCAGCCCUUUAAGUCCAUCUCUAUCGGUGGAGCCAAUCAGGUAUGGGCCAUUGCCAAGGAUGGAGCUGUCUUCUACAGAGGAUCAGUAUCCCCACAAAACCCUGCAGGAGAGUGCUGGUACCACAUCCCCUCCCCCCUGAGACAGACCCUCAGACAGCUUUCUGUUGGGCGGACCUCUGUCUUUGCUGUGGAUGAAAACAGUAACCUGUGGUACAGACAGGGCCUCACCCCCAGCUACCCACAGGGCUCCGCCUGGGAGCUCAUCUCCAACAAUGCCUCCAAGGUUUCUGUGGGGCCGCUGGACCAGGUGUGGAUCAUAGCAGACGGAGUUCCAGGUUUCCCUGCUGAGACUCCCGGAGCCGUCUGCCACAGGACGAGCGUGGGACCCAUGCAGCCCAAGGGCCUGUCCUGGGACUAUGGGAUAGGGGGAGGGUGGGAGCACAUCAGUGUGAGGGGGAACUCAGCAGAGGCUCCUCGAGGCCCUCACCCUCCUCUCGCCGGCCCAUCGCGCAGCCUGGUCCACCCGCAGCGUCCGACUCAAGCGAACGGCAGCGCCACAAGCGUGUAGCUCUCUCUCUGUCUCCCGUUUCCUUCUCGUUCUUUUUCCUCAGCCCUGUUUGUGCCUGGAUCUAUACACAGCAUCUCUCCUCAGACCAUUUCAACGAACUCCUAUCCCUUCGUGUAAAGGGACAUGCACAAUCACACCCAUGGGUUUGGACUGGCUGGAUUUGAAACUUGAUCGAUGGAUGAAUGUUACUCGCUGGCUUGUUUCCCGGGCAGAAAUCAUGUCAGUAUUCACUGAUGACAAAACAGAGAAAAAAGUGAGCGCAUGUUGUUGCUCUUACUAAGCUUUGGCUACUGGAUGUCACAGGAUCUAGCAAUAGCUUUUAAUUCUUCUCCACAGCAGCCUGAUAAAACCUAAGAAGGUGGGAUACGAUGAAGGGCUAAGGCUUGGUUACCAAAUGAACUUCAAACAAUCCCAGAGUAGCCUAAGCUGUUAUCGGUUUGUAGACUCUUGUUCUAUUUGUUUUUGUGUUUUGAGUUGCCUGUCAUGUACAUUUGAAUGUGUUAUCAUUUAUUUAUGAUGCGUUUGUUGAGUUGUGUUUCUCCGUUUACUUUGGACCAUUACAUGUUUGCAAUGGAGUGUAUUUAUGACUGGCAAAAAAAUUUGAUACGUUCACUUUGUGUGGGGAAAAAUAUAUUGCUUUUUACAGCCAGGCAAUACCUUUCUAUCCUUCUGCAAUAAAAUGAGAAGCUCUUCCUGUUGAUAGAGAUCUAUAUAUAUCUAUCUAUAUCUCUAUAUAUAGAUAUAUACACACAUCUAGAUAACUGCUAUGACCGUAACACUGCAGCAGGUCUGAAUGUCACCACGGCUGUGCAUUGAUCUUACCGGGGCAUUGAAAUGUGAAAUAAACGUCUGGAAAUAC